AUGGAAGGAGGAAAUCACACCACAGUCACUGAAUUCAUCCUUUUGGGAUUCACAACAAAUCCCAAACUGCAACUGAUACUGUUUGUGGUGUUUCUCAUAAUUUAUAUAGCUAGUCUAGCUGGGAACAUUGCACUCAUUGUUUUCAUCUGCAGCAGCUCUCACCUCCAUACGCCCAUGUAUUUCUUCAUUGGGAACCUUUCCUUCCUGGAUCUGUGGUAUUCCUCCGUCUAUACGCCAAAGAUCUUGGUGAACUGCAUCUCUGAAGACAAGAGCAUUUCCUUUGGUGGUUGUGCCUCCCAAUUCUUCUUCUCAGGAGGCCUUGCCUAUAGUGAGUGCUACCUUCUGGCAGCCAUGGCCUAUGACCGUUAUGUGGCCAUUGCAAAGCCACUGUCAUAUGCCACUGCCAUGUCCAGAAAACUGUGCGCAGCACUGGUGGCCCUCUCAUAUCUAGGGGGAUUCAUCAAUGCCUCUGUUGGUACCAGUAAAACCUUCUCAUUGAGUUUCUGUGAUGGAAAUGUCAUUGAUGACUUCUUCUGUGAUGCACCCCCUCUGAUAAUGCUUUCCUGUGAUGUGACUGAGAAUUACCAGACUAUGCUGUACUUCCUCCUGACUUUAAACAUCAUUGCCCCCUCAGCCUUCAUCCUUGCCUCUUACACCUUUAUCCUAGUAGCCAUCUUGAGAAUCCGCUCCACUGAUGGCAGGCGCAAAGCCUUCUCCACAUGUGCUUCCCACCUGACAGCUGUCACCUUAUACUAUGGCUCCAUCCUCUUCAUUUACUCACACCCAAGUUCCAGCUAUGCUUUGGCGCAAGACAAAUGGGCUUCCACAUUCUACACAGUAGUUUUUCCCAUGCUGAACCCCCUGAUUUAUAGCUUAAGGAACAAGGAUGUGAAAAAGGCCGUGAAGAUGUUAAUGACAACUAGUCUAGCCGGGAACAUUGCACUCAUUUUUCUCAUCUGCAGCAGCUCUCACCUCCAUACGCCCAUGUAUUUCUUCAUUGGGAACCUUUCCUUCCUGGAUCUGUGGUAUUCCUCCGUCUAUACGCCAAAGAUCUUGGUGAACUGCAUCUCUGAAGACAAGAGCAUUUCCUUUGGAGGUUGUGCCUCCCAAUUCUUCUUCUCAGCUGCCCUUGCCUAUAGUGAGUGCUACCUUCUGGCAGCCAUGGCCUAUGACCGUUAUGUGGCCAUUGCUAAGCCACUGUCAUAUGCCACUGCCAUGUCCAGAAAACUGUGCGCAGCACUGGUGGCCCUCUCAUAUCUAGGGGGGUUCAUCAAUGCCACUGUUGGUACCAGUAAAACCUUCUCAUUGAGCUUCUGUGAUGGCAAUAUCAUUGAUGACUUCUUCUGUGAUGCACCCCCUCUGAUAAAGCUUUCCUGUGAUGUGGCUGAGAAUUACCAGACUAUGGUAUACUUCCUCCUGACUUUUAACAUCAUUGCCCCUUCAGCCUUCAUCCUUGCCUCCUAUGUCUUUAUCCUGGCAGCCAUCUUAAGAAUCUCCUCCACUGAUGGCAAGUCUGCCCUUGCCUACAGCGAGUGCUACCUUCUGGCAGCCAUGGCCUAUGACCGUUCCGUGGCCAUUGCUAAGCCACUGUCAUAUGCCACUGCCAUGUCCAGAAAGCUGUGCACAGCACUGGUGGCCCUCUCCUAUCUAGGUGGGUUCAUCAAUUCUACCUUAAUCACUAGUGAAACCUUCAUGUUGAGCUUCUGUGAUGGCAACGUCAUUGAUGACUUCUUCUGUGACUUACCUCCAUUGGUGAAGCUAUCCUGCAAUGUGCCCAAGAGCUAUCAGUCCGUGUUGUACUUCAUUUUGGCUACUAAUGUAAUUACACCCUCUGCACUUAUCCUUGCCUCCUAUGCCUUCAUUUUGGCUGCCAUCUUGAGGAUCCGUUCUACUGAAGGGAGACUGAAAGCCUUCUCCACAUGUGCCUCUCAUCUGAUUGCAGUUACUUUGUACUAUGGCUCCAUCCUCUUCAUCUACUCACGGCCCAGCUCCAGCUAUGCUUUGGAGAGGGACAAAGUGGUCUCUGUUUUCUACACAGUAGUGAUCCCUAUGCUUAAUCACCUCAUCUACAGCCUCAGGAACAAGGAUAUGUGUCCUCAGAACCUCAUUUGUAUAAUGCAUUAUCUACCACUGUAUCUUUUCCUAAAAAUGGUGAAUGAAAACAGUACCACUGUCACCGAGUUCAUUCUCCAGGGCAUCUCAAACGAUCCAGGUAUGAAAGUCUUAUUCUUUGUGGUAUUCCUGAUCAUCUAUCUGGUCAAUGUUGUAGGAAACGUGGACAUGAUCAUCUUGAUCUCACUUGAUUCCCACCUUCACAAUCCUAUGUACUUCUUCCUCUGGCACCUGUCCUUCUGUGACAUCUGCUACUCAUCUGCCAUUGCUCCCAGAAUGUUGUCUGACUUGAUAUCUGAGAGCAGGACCAUCUCCUUCCCUGAAUGUAUUGCCCAGUUCUACUUCUUUGCUGCCUUUGUGGAUGCCGAGUGCUACAUUUUAGCAGUGAUGGCCUAUGACCGCUUUGUGGCCAUCUGCAACCCAUUGCUCUAUUCCACUGCCAUGUCCAAGUCCCUCUGCAUCCGGCUCCUACUUGGAUCAUACAUUGCUGGCACAACUAAUGCCAUAAUACACACAACAGCCACCUUCAGCCUGCAGUUCUGCAGUUCCAACCUCAUCAACCAUUUCUUCUGUGAUGUCCCUCCACUGCUAGCAAUCGCUUGUUCUAACACCCACAUUAAUGAGAUUUUGCUUUUUGCCUUUGCUGGCUUUGUUGGGAUGAGCUCCCUCUCAAUCAUCCUUCUCUCUUACAUCUUCAUAUUAGCAGCUGUCCUGAGAAUGCCCUCGGGGAGGCUCAAAGCCUUCUCCACCUGUGGGUCCCACUUCACAGGGGUAACUUUAUUUUAUGGGACUGUGAUUUUCAUGUAUCUCCGGCCCACUUCUGUCUAUGCCUUGGAUCAAGACAAAUGGGCUUCUGUGUUCUACACAGUAGUGAUCCCCAUGCUCAAUCCUCUGAUCUACAGCUUGAGGAAUAAAGAUGUUAAGGAAGCUUUCAGAAAACUCAUUAAGAAGAAGCUGAAUUCUGUCUUAAACUAA